ACAGUAACAGUAGCCUACGUGUUUUCUUGUCGCGUGCUCUGCAUCGUGUAUGGUAGGGCUGGCUACGUGACGGGGCUGCUCGGGGAGUGAACUCGCAACAACUGAGUCGUUCUUAACUGAGAGGAUUUGACACACAAUUAGCUAUUAAGCUACAUAUUUAAUAGUUAUUUGAAGGCACGGUGUUUUAUAAAUAAAUGCGUUCAAUGUUUAGCGAGAAAUGUACAUCGUGCAUUUGAAUGAGCCGUUCUGUAGGCAGCUCACGGAACAAAAUUAGCUUGCAUGGUUACAUAGCUAGAAAGGUCAACACUGAAAUUGGUGAUACGAGCCAUUUUGGGGUGAAAUAAUGUCAGACGUCCCUCUGGUGCAGGAGAUGCGGUUUGCCUGAGAGACGACAAGCGCACUGGAACGAUCGGAGCAACUAUGAGCGGCAGAGUUCGAGCGCGCAGCCAACAGAAACCGUCAUCUGUCACCAUGAGCCGGAUGAAGGUGGAAGGCCUCAAGCCAGAGUCCGAGAGGGACUCAGGAUUCUCAGAUGCCAGUUCGGAGCACCUGAGUUCUCUGGAUCAGAUGGACCUGGACGAGACUGCUCAGGGCAUGUACCCAGGCGCCCAGACGUCUCAGCUGGUGAUGGGGGCGCCCUAUUCUGGCCUGUCCCCCAUGAUCUUCAUGAACAACGCCCUCCUCAAGCAGCCAAAUGAUACCCCUCAGUCACCAAAUGCAUGGGGUUUCCAGCCUGCGAUUGAGAUGCUUCCACAGCCUCAGGUGGUCUUCCUGCAGCCCAUGGUGUCUGCCAACCCUUCCGUGCAGAGGAGUGUGUCUAUGAAGCGCCGGCGCUCCAAGAAGUACUUUCCCAUCCUCAAGUCCUACCCCAAGAUCGCCCCCCACCCAGGGGACAGCUCGUCAGAGCAAGGCAGCUCCGGUUCCACCGAACGGAGCAGUUCGGCCUCCAGCCACUGGGGGCGCCGUCGUGCACAAAAGCAGAAGAGCUGCCCAGCCGGCGUCAUUCUCCUCACCCCUCCCGCACUCCCUGUGACUUCCAGCCUGCGGGCUCCAUCCCCCAAGCAAUGCCCUUCGCUCCAGGAGCCCAGCGCAGACAGCAGCGGGGUCUUAGGGAAUAACACGGAGCACGCCCCGUCCACCUCCCUGGCCAAACCCUCGUCCCCGCACACCGAGGCCGGGGCUCUCGCCCCCUUCUCGUGGCCCGUGGAGCAGGCGGACGGCCCCCCCACCGACGACGACUGCGACAGCAAGCGGAAGCGCUUCUGCAACACCUACAACAUCCUGAGCCAGUCGGGGCUGCUGGACAUCACGCUGCGCGUCAAGGAGCUCAUCCGGCAGAACCGGCACAGCCAGGGCCAGCUGGAGCGGCUGCAGACGCAGGCGGGCCUCUUCCGGGAGGCCGUGCAGAGCGGCAGCCCCGAGGUCUGGACCAGGCUGCAGAAGGCCAUGCAGGAGGCGGGGCCCGAGGCCAUGGAAGAGGAGAUCAAGCAUGCUCCGGAGAGGCUGCCCUGAACCCCGCAGCACGUCCGGGGAGGAUGGUCCGUCCACCUGACGGGCCGACAGACAGAUAGCCACAGACAAACAGAAUGCAGCUGCAACAACUCACAGUCCAAAUCAAGGUGGGAUUGGAAUUUUUACGUCCAGCUAUACCUCACCAUCGAGAGGCUGCUGUCACAUUUCUGGUGAGGGGAUUGGUCCAAAGGUGCUGUCGAUCACUUCCAAGGAGGUCAAGCCCUACGCUGUAUUUGGGGACUAUGGGAACAUUAAGAUAUCAAAGGGAUAUGUGUAUAAGGCAUGGAAAUUCUAGCACAGCUGGUGCUGUCAGUUUACUGAAUUGGAAAACACUGUGGACCCCUGCAGAUGUUUCGUUUUUUAAAAGUAAUUUACAUUUAAACAAAGGUUGGCUGUUAACUAAAGGCUUAUAAGAAAACUUUGGUCAAAAACUUUAAAAUCUUAUAUUGUUUAUCAUACAUACACUUGGUUUGGUGGCACCCACUUUGGAAGAUAAUGCAUGUCUUUAUGCUUCUCCUGAAUUGAUGGAGGACGUCACAAUGUCUCACGUUUUGAGAAAAAAUAGGGAUCGAAAUGAUUUAAAAAAGCGUAUACGAGAUGAAGCAUUCCAAACGGCAUCAUCCUUCAGUUGGUGAUGCAAGCCACAACUUUUCAGUACUCUAGGCAGAAAGAAAUGUGACAAAAUGGCUCACCAAUGUGGCUCACCAUGCACAGCGAGGAUUCCAUUACAUGGAAAUAUUUAAGAAGCAGGUCUUACUUUUCAAUUUGCCGUCUUCCAUUGAAUGAUUUCGUGAGCUUAAUCUCAAGGUACAUUAACAAAAUUAGAAUUUUUGACCAUAGUUCUCCCAGUUCAGUUACCAAGCAAAUCAUUUAAUCUUUUUAUAUAGCGGUGACUGAAUAAUAACGCAUUAUGGAUUGUUUGUCUUGAUGCUGAUAAAAAUGAAUAACGAUAAUGUUUUAUUUAUGACAUUUUCAAUGUGCUGAUGUCAACUGAAGAAAGUAUUGGCAUGUGGUAACCUAUAUCAAUCUGUGGCACGGAAAAGACUACGAAGCACGAACAAAGUUGUGUAUGAACCAGAAAAGUCCCUUGAAAUAUAGACAUGAAGCGUGGACAUGUAUCGAUCUGCCUAUCAAGGGACAUGUUUCUUCAGAGCUUCCAUCACGGAUCCCAAAGGACACUGUCAGCAGUUUUGCUGAACGCCCCCCGGAACAGCACAAACCUCGAGGAGAGAUUUCUCGCCGACGCAAAGAAAUCCCUCCUCGCCACUUCCGGCGCUCUAUCGAAAAGUGCCGGAGACUCCCGGGGUUGUGGCACCGCGAUGUCGUCCUAGAAGGGCCUCACACGUGCUUCUCCCCCAUCUUUAGGAAAAAAAAAAGAAAUGUUGUCGACGUUAUGUCGCAAAAAAGGCCAUAUCAGAGCGUUGGUUAUUUAUUUUUGUACGACUUUAUGCUGCACUCUGACAAUAGGACGGCAGCGUUUCGGCCUGCUUUAAAUUGUGAUUACUGGGCUUAUUGAGGCAGCUAAAGAAAAUGAGAGAAACGAAUAAAAAUGGCAAAGUAACCGUUUCAUUUACAAAGAUUCAUUUAGGGGAUAAUACAUUUCUGGUCUUUUAAAAAAAUAUAUUUUGAACCUGUUUUAAGUACUUGUCUUUUUAUCUCAGCCGUUAAGCACUAUAAAGUGUCUGUAAAUAUGAAGCCGCCAAUGACAAAGUACAUUAACAAUAGGGGGGAGUGAACUUGGAAUAAGAAGUUGUAGACAACAUUAUCUCCCAUGUUCAUGUGCCGUGUGUGUGUGAUUUCUAUUUAUGUUCUUAGUUGUAUAAUGAUUUCAUACAAUAAUAUAAUUCAUUCUUACAUAUACUAAUUAUACAGCAAUGAAUUGCACUCCCAGACAGCAAGACAGUCUGAAGUAUUGACAUUAAAACUGUCUUGGCAAUCUCCUUAAUACUACGUAGGUACCACCACUGUACAGGUGCUGAAUAGAUUUGACUUUCUUGACAGAUGGCUAUACAAUACACAUUUUUUUUUCUUAGGCCAGAUUCAGCUAAACUGCAGUACUCCUAGAAUAGUGAAUUUCUGAAACUGGUUUGUUACUUGUGUUGAGUAGUUACACAACACAACUCAUGUAUUCAAAGGAGAAUUAAAUAAUUAAACAAUGUGUGGGAGAAAGAAACUUGAUGCUUGCUUCAGGCCUCUACACUUUGAAAAACAAAUUCAAAUGUGAUUUUGCCAAAGGUACUUUCUUUGAUCUUUGGAGAAUUUGGGUGGGGUGAGGUUAAAAUCUAACCCAAGGUCAGCUAUAAACAGCAACCUUAUAAACAGAAACUUAUAAACUUCCCUCUUGAAAUUCCCAAAUAAAACAAGUAAUGAGUUGUCUACAUAACAUAAAGGCCUGUAAAAAGAUAUUAAAAAAUCGGGUGGAGGAUCAACCCUGAACUUAUAUUGACUCAGUCUGAACCUGUGACUGCAUGUUUAAAAUGACUCAGUGUGUACAGGUUGUGCGUGUAGGCAUGCAGUUGCAUUUCUGUUUCGUAUUGAAAUAUCAGAAAAGAAAAGGAUACUGGUGAACUGACCAUGGGUGACUGUGUUAAAUCUCUGUGGUUGGUGAGGGUGUUCCAUUUCCAGAGUGCUCCAAACCUCGGCUCGGGAAGCUGUCACUUGUGAGAGAGAUCGCGUGAAACUUUCACAGUACUAGUGGAGUUUUUUCAUUUAAGUUUUGUAAGGCUUUAGAAAUAUUAUUAUUAACAUCAACGUGUGUUGUGUCUCUUGUUCUACCUUGAAAGGUCAAAAAGGGUGUGUAAGGGUCAGCAAACUAAACAGGACUAAACAUGGCUGGAUGCAGGCUGUGUUAAAUCCCCCAGUGGUGUUUUUGAUUUGAAAACUUCAUGUUUAACAGUUGCCAUUCCAUUUAGUCUGAUGGCAUCUGUUGGGCUUUUAGAAACAUUUAUUACACCAAAGGGGUGCCAAAGACACUUAAUUGUCUCAUAUAUUCAGAAAAUAUUAGCUAAUCUUGUUAGCCUUCACUUUCAUUUGAAGUGAACUGCUCUAUUGGAACUGCUUUGAAAAAAACACGAGCUUCUUAUCGACGCUGAGAAAUGAUCCUCUCCAUUCCCUUGCUGUGCUCUUCACUGCAGGCGGACAUUUAAUCAAUGCCUGAACACGUGACAUAAUUAUGCAAAUAAUCAGCUUUGUAGAUAUACAGGCCAUGUGAUCUCUCUGCAGUUCAUGAUUCAUAUGCAGCACGUGAGGGAGCACAUUUGAGCAUGUUUUCUUCUUAUGGUAAUGUGCGAUGACCUCACACGUCUUGAGUGAUUUGGCGCUCCCUUCAUCUUUGUUUUUAAAAAUGCAUCUCACACGAAAAGAAAAUCAUUAUUUUUCUGUUUAGAAUCUUGGGCCAGGUGCAGUACAACAGACCUUGUCUUCAUCUUCCAUGUACAGCUGAGCACGUACUACUGUGACAGAUCCAGUAUAUCUAUAUCUAUGUAAAAGCUGUUGUUCUAUCCUUUCAUCGUAAGCACAGCAAAUAUAAUGGGUCUUCUGAAUGUGGGUUUUUUAAAUAUCGGCUUAGCGCAGGAGUAGCGAAUCAGUAUCUUCAAGUAUCUGUUGCGGUGGGUCACCGAGCCAAGCACAAAACAAAAUUAUGCUCGUACAAUUGGCUUUUGACUUUCCAAAGACAUUUUCAGCAAUAGAUCCGCAGUUUUUAUUUUAGGUGAGGCAAUCAAAUUUUGUAUUUAAUGUAAGUUCAAAGGUCCAUUUUUGAGAAGUGGACGACAUAGCUCAGGAGGUAAGACCGAUUGUCUGGCAGUCGGAGGGUUGCCAGUUCAAACCCCACCCUGGGCGUGUUGAAGUGUCCUUGAGCAAGACACCUAACCCCUAACUGCUCUGGCGAAUGAGAGGCAUCAAUUGUAAAGCGCUUUGGAUAAAAGAGCUAUAUAAAUGCAGUCCAUUUACCAUUUACCAAGUGAGUGCCGUGUGAACUGAAACUGUUAAUACUGUAAUUAGUUUUUAAGUGAUUAAAGAACUCUUGGGUGUUGCAUAAUACAUAAAAGAAAACAUUCAGGCUACAGGGAUCUGUGCUAUCUCAUGCACUGUUUUGCUUGUUAACUAUACUAUUGUUUAGCCAUCUGAGAGGAAACCGUGGCUGUGACAUUUACUGGGGGAAAACAAAGCUGUGGUAGCAAAGCUAAUUAACUAUGCAACAUUAAAAGCUGAAAAUUGAACAAA